GCUCAGUUCCUAGCUGAGCCUCCGGCUCGCCACUUCCGCUCAUCGGCCUAAAACCGCGCCUGCGCACUGCAUCCCUUCCUCUUUGGGCUAGGACCUAGUUCACGGCAGGAUGGCCAAACGCACCAAGAAGGUCGGGAUCGUCGGCAAGUACGGCACGCGGUAUGGCGCCUCCCUGAGGAAGAUGGUGAAGAAGAUUGAGAUCAGCCAGCACGCCAAGUACACGUGCUCCUUCUGCGGGAAGACGAAGAUGAAGCGGCGUGCGGUGGGCAUCUGGCACUGCGGCUCCUGCAUGAAGACGGUGGCCGGCGGCGCCUGGACCUACAACACCACUUCUGCCGUCACAGUAAAGUCCGCCAUCAGAAGACUGAAGGAAUUGAAAGACCAGUAGAAGCUCCGCCGUUUGAAACAUUGCUGGGCCUAUAAUAAAUGGGUUAAUUUAUGUAACAAGA